AUGGCCAGUCCCACUUUUAUAGUGAGUAUGCCUCCAAACAAGACCCAGCCGGCGACCAGGAAGCGCAGCCAAGUGGCCAGGGCGUGCAACUGGUGCCGCGUGCAUCGCCUCAAGUGCGACGCCGAGUUCCCGUGCGCCAACUGCCGCAAGAGAGGUGGCGAUUGCAACAACGACCGACUAAACAGAGCCGCGACCCUGCCAGAGGCGACUAGGGAGAUCGAAAAGCUGAAGAAGCGGGUCGAAGAGCUGGAACUCGAGCUUCAGAAUGAGCGAAAAGCGCGGGCGCUGGUGCCGCAACUGGACGCGCUGUCUACGCCUACGCCCGGACCCAACGACAGCCCUGGCGACAGCGCCGUUGAUUUGGGCGAGCAUGCGAAGAAUAAGGUCUGGGAGGGAAUCCACAUCAGCACGGCGCACUCGCCUCACAAGACGUGGUACGGUUCCUCAUCGCUGUUCUUCUUCAUCGGCAGCAUCAACACUUUCCUGACGGCUGCGCUUGAACAAACGCAUUCGGCGCGAGGGAUGCUGCCGGAGUCUGCCAGUACGCUUCUCGAUCAACCGGCGUCUACGAUCAACAGCGACCGUGGCCGGCCAGCUGCCCCAACGGGCGACUCCAUCCGCGGCGGAGAGUCUCUUACCUCGAUGCAGGAGGAAUACUUCCUCAAUCUCUUCUGGGAGACUUAUUACCCCUCGAAUCCGAUCCUCGAUGAACGCGACUUCAAAGAGCACUAUCAAUCGCUCUGGGCAGCUUCCGACACCGAGCGACAACCCUCCGCUCUUGUGGAUAUUGUCCUUGCUUUGUGCAUGCAGUACGGGAUGGCCAGGCAGCCUGGAGGUCGUCAUGCUCUCACCGCAGCAGCCAGGGGCGACGUCAAUGACAGCGACUCGACUCUCGCUGGCCGAUGGCACUAUCGUCGCUGCUUGAGCCUUCUGUCGAACGAACUGGAGAGCCCUACCCUGUCGACAAUCCAGUGCCACCUCCUCUGCUCAAUCUACCUAUGCUGCGGAGGCUUCCAGAACAUGUCCGACAACGCCUGUGGCCUCGCCGUGCGAACAGCCUUCAUGCUAGGCCUGCACGUCGAACCCCCGCAGAGCAUGCCGCGUCGAGAACGCGAGCUGCGCAAGCGGAUCUGGUGGACGAUCUACGUCGUGGAAAGCAACCGGAGCAUGAAGCUCGGGCGUCCAUUCACCGUCCAGGAGUCAACAUCCUCGUGUACGCUGCCAGCGGAUGACCGCGAGAUUGCCGGCCUUUCCGGGUCGAGCUUCGCACCGAUCGGCGGGAACGUCACUUGGCUGACGUGGCAUCUGCACGGGAUCAAGCUGCUCAUUGCAGCGCGGAAGGCGUACGUGAGUUUCUUCUCGAAGCCGCCUGACGCCUUAACUCUGGGGAAUUCCGAGUCAACCACGAAGACCAUGGAUGCUUGGUUGCAGGGCGUUCCAGAAGUCCUCAAGACCAGCCGGCAGAACAACGGCACGCCAUUCUCAACGGAUCUCUCCCCAGUCUUAAUCGAACAAUUCACCCCCGUCUGGCUGCAACGCGAGCGCCUCCUCCUCGAGCUGCGGUACCACAACACAUGCAUGAGCCUCUACCGGUCAUCAAUAUGCUUCACACUAAACGGCGUACCGGUCGCAAUCACCGAACAAACUGCGCUGAAGUGCGCCGCGCACGCCAUGGCGCUAAUCCACAUCAUCCACCAAGUCCUCGACACAACUGCAAUACUAGACGGCUGGCACGAGGCCUUCCAGUGGCAGUGGAACGCAGCCAUGACGCUCGUCGGCUUCGUUCUGGCAUUCCCGGCGACCGUAUCCACGCGCGCCGCCCGGGAAACAAUCGACCUCUCUGUCUCCGCGUUCGAGAGCUUCGGGGACAGCUUCGCGGUGGCGGCGAAUGCGGCGACGAUCAUGCGCGACCUGAGCGCCAAGAUAGACCGGCUCGCACAGGACCGUGUGACCAAGGUCGGAGACGGCCAGAUGUUCUCAGCGAAUACUCGGGCUGCUCAAGUAUACAGCACCACUGGAUUUGAAAUGCCUCUGGACGCCCCGGCCGGCCUCUUCGACCAGGCUAUCGAGUGGCCUCUGCAUUUCGGCGAUGAGCCGGCGACGGCGGAGAUCGGUGGGGUUCUCGGGCAUUCGAUUGAUAUCUCGGCGGAGAUCAUGACGGAUAUUGAUUGGGCGGGUCUGAAUGCUGGGUUUUUUGACCAGUGGGCUGUUUGA